AUGGACGAAACUCCGACAAGUGUAAAUUCAUUCACAACAACAGACAAAGAGUUAGAAAAUAACUUGAAGGAUUUGCUUGAGAGAAUAUUAAUCUAUGCCGAGAAACACAUUGAAACCAAAGAGGAGCUCAAUUAAAUUGAAAGUGAAUUGAAAGACUACGAAAGUUUGUCCUACUUGGUUGGUAUAAUAAAAGUAAUAUUUACUAAACUAAUGCUCAAAAUAGAAAAGAAACUGUUGAAAUUGGAUAAAUGCAACGAUUAGAAUAAGUCUUAAUUCUAUAAGGAUGAUGAAGAAUAUGACAAGUUAGAAUAAAAUCUCAUUAAAUAUGAAUAAGAAAUUCGCAAUCAUAUCAGUGUUGAAUAACAAUUAAAAUUAUUUGCUGAAUCAAUCUAAAACAAAUUGGAUGAGAGCGAAUCAAUCAGAUAAGAAUUAUUGGAAACAACUAAAAAUAAUAUAAGCAAAUUGAAAAGAGAAAAUUACGAGUUGAAUGAAAAAGAGAAAUAGUUACAAUAGGAAGUCAAUAAUUUAAAGUCAACUAUUUAAAAUUUGGAAAAAGAAAACAAAAGAAAAUCAAUUGACUCUAAUUAAAGAGACUAUUUAUAGACUCUUAUCAAUAAAUAAGCUAAUUAAUAAUAAAAUCUAACAAAAAAUGGACUUAGUCAGGAAUCAAGGCAUUUAAACUCUCAUUCUGAACAUUAAUCAAAUCCAAGGUAAUUUCUAAAAGAAUAGUAAGAUCUAAUAAUACCUACAUAAUCAUCUCAAAAAUUAAAUUAUUAUAAUUUUAUCAAUAAUGCAAAUACCAAAUAAAAAUCAGAAGUGAUUAGAUCCAUGCAACAAAAGGACUUUAACAAUAUCUAUAACUAAAUUAUGAGAAGUAAACAUAAUUCACUAUCAUCUAUAAAUGAACUGAUUAAUAAUGUGACACAAUAGGAUAAAAAGCGCACCGAUUAAUUAUAAUCAAUCUCGAAGAAUAGUUCCUAGAAUAAUAGUAUGAUUCAGAAGAAUAGAGAUUAUAAAUAAAUUGAACCACUAGAACUUUAAUAAAGGAGUAAAAGUUCUAAACGAGCAGACGACAUCAUCAAAUAUUAAACCUUAGAAUCUUUGAUAAAAUUAAAGUGA